CUCUCUCUCUCUCUUCAUGGCUGAAAUGUUGGUAUCUGUUAGUUUAUGUGUCGCAGCGUCCUUGAUAAUCUGCAUUGUCCAUUUAGUGCAGAAAUGGAGGAACCCCAAAUGCAGUACUGGACGACUGCCCCCAGGUUCCAUGGGGUUGCCACUUAUUGGAGAGACCCUCCAGUUUUUCAGUCCCCACUACUCCUUCGAUAUUCCUCCUUUCCUCAAGGAGAGAAUAAAACGGUAUGGGUCAUUGUUCAAAACCAACUUGGUGGGUCGUCCAGUUAUAGUAUCCACAGAUUCUGAGUUCAACCAUUACAUCUUACAGCAAGAAGGGAAAUUGGUUGAAUUGUGGUACAUGGACUCCUUUAUGAAGCUUCUUGGUGAUCAAGUUCUUACUACCUCUGCCUCUCUUUCCAUUCACAAGCACCUUAGAAACUUGGUUCUGAGUUACUUCGGUCCCGAGAGCCUCAAAAAGAUGGUUCCUGAAGUGGCAGAAAUGGCACGUCAAACACUGCACUUCUGGUCUACCCAGGAAGCCAUUGAAGUCAAAAAAUCCACAGAAGAUAUGUUUUUUGAUUUCGGCUCAAGAAAGCUAUUUAGCUUUGACUUAUCGAAUUCAACAGAAAAUAUCAUUAAGAACAAGUUUGCCGACUUUUGGGAAGGUCUUAUCUCCUUCCCUUUAAACAUUCCUGGUACUACUUUCUAUAAGUGUCUCAAGGCACGAGAGAACGUGUUAAAGAUGCUUAGGAAUUUGAUCAAGGAGAGACGCAAUCAACCAAAGAGAAUAAAAGGGGAUUUCCUGGAUAAGCUCAUUGAAGAGAUGGAGAAAGAGGGAGCCUUCUUAACAGAGGAGGCUAUUGUUCAACUUAUCUUUCUGCUUACGUUUGCCAGCUUCGAGACAACUUCCUUAACACUAACGUUAGCCAUUAAGUUUCUCACGGACCAUCCUCAAGUGCUGAUGGCAUUAACGGACGAGCAUGAAGCAAUACUUAGAAGUAGAGAAACUGCAGACUCUGCAAUUACAUGGGAGGAAUACAAAUCUAUGACCUUCACGUCUCAAGUUAUCAACGAAGUACUCCGACUGUCCAACGUUGCCCCUGGGAUUUUCAGAAGAGCACUUACAGACAUCCAAGUAAAAGGAUAUACAAUCCCAGCAGGCUGGACAAUCAUGAUCUGUCCACAAACUCUUCAUUUCGACCCUAGCAAAUAUAAAGAUCCCCUUGCUUACAAUCCAUGGAGAUGGGAGGGCUGUGGAGCAAACACUUGGUCCAAGAAUUUCAACCCUUUUGGUGGAGGAAUGAGACUAUGUGCAGGAGCAGACUUUAGCAAGAUGUUGAUGGAGAUGUUUCUUCAUUUCUUGGUCACAAAGUACAGGUGGAAAAGAAUCAAGGGAGGAGAAAUAGUUGGAAAUCCUGCAACAUCAUUCCCUAAUGGUUUCCAUAUUCAAGUUUCAGAAAAGAAAUGAAGUCAGUCAGUUACUAUUGGUGGAAUAAAGGAUUAUAGAAA